AAAUGAAUGCUAAAGGAGUCAUCCUGAGAGCCUUUGAGCAGUUCAGGUUAAAGACAUGCAUUGAUUUCAAACCCAGGGGCUCUGAGGAGUACUACAUUUCUUUUGAGAAAAAAGAUGGAUGUUUUUCAUAUGUUGGGAAGGUGCAGCCCAAUGGACAGGUGCUUUCCAUCGGGAGAUUCUGUGAUUCCACUGACACUACUGAGCACGAGAUCCUCCAUGCACUGGGCUUCUACCAUGAACAGUCCAGAUUUGACAGAGACAACUUUGUCACGAUCGUGUUGGAAAAUGUCUUACAAGGAAGUCAAGUAUUUACUGAUGAGAAUAAUCAGGCAGUCUACGGUGGACUUCUGUUUGGCAGGGGAAAUUUUCUGGAUAUGGAAACAGUGAAAUCCAGAGAGUUCCUGAAAGGGGGAAGUGCCAUUUUCACCUUCAACUUUCAAGGCAGGUUGAGUCCUGCCAGCACACAAAGGAGCAUUGAUAGUGCUGAGGAAAAACGGUGGACAUCCCCAAUUCCAUAUGUUUUUGAUGAACACCUUGGGCCGAAUGCUAAAGGGGUCAUCCUGAGAGCCUUUGACAGCUUUAGGGUGAAAUCGUGCAUGGACUUCAAACCACGAGUCUCCGAGGAAUAUUACAUAUCUUUUGAAGAUGUAAACGGGUGUUUUUCUUUUAUCGGAAAAGUUAAACCCAACGGUCAGGUCGUCUCAAUCGGCAAGCAUUGUGAAAAUGUAAACACUGUUCAGCAUGAGCUUCUCCACACUCUGGGCUUUUAUCAUGAGCAUGCCAGACACGACAGAGAUGCCCAUGUGACGAUUGUGAAAGAGAACAUCAUGGAGGGUAAAGAAUCUAACUUCAAUGUGGUUGAACGUGAAGAAAGCACCACCCAUGGGGUUCCAUAUGACUACUGGUCAACGAUGCAUUAUGGCAAAAAUAUGUUCAGCAAUGGCAAUGGCUCUACGAUCAUUACUAAAGACCCAAAAUUCCAGGAUGUAAUCGGUCAAAGUUUGGGAAUGAGUCCUCUAGAUGUUCUGGAGCUGAACCUUCAUUACAAAUGCAAGUUUCAGACAAUGAAUACAGUGUCUUCAUUCAUCCUCACAGACUCAACCAUUGCCUUUAUGAUGCACUGCAGCUUUUCUAAUGGGAGCCUUUGUCAAAUGACCCAAUGCUCACACGGUGGCAAAGGCUGGGAAGCGGCAACACAGGUUUUUGGAGGUCCAGAAUCUGACCACACCAGUUUAGCCAGCGUUCAUAGCGAGCAUGGUCAAGAAGGAGGUCACUUCAUACAUGUUAGCACAGCAUCGGGACAAGAAGGAGAUUCAGCCCGCCUGGAGACCCAGGUGAUGAGUCCAAAGAGGGGGUGUCCUGUCCAGUGCCUCCAGUUCUACUACUACAACAGCGGGAAUAGGUCUGAUGUGCUUAACAUCUGGAUCAGAGAGUUUCAGGAUGAACAGGACUCCAGUGGAACGCUCCGCCUCAUGGGACAGAUCACUGGUGAAACAACUUCUCACUGGAAGCUCCAGCAUGUUUCUCUGAACGCCACUAAGCGCUUUCAGGUGGUGUUUGAGGCUCAGAAAGGAGCAGGAAGCUCUGCAGGGGGCCUCUCAGUUGAUGACAUCAAUCUAUCUGAGACUGAGUGUCCCCAUGUGACCCUGCAGAUUGAUGACUUUGAGAAACUUCUGAGCACCAGUGCUUAUGGAACCAGAAUAUACAGCCCACGGCAGUAUUCCAAAGAGGGCUAUGCGUACAGACUGGCGGCUAUUCUCUUUCAGUCAUAUUUUGGACUGUACGCUCAGAUCGUCUCAGGAGACAAUGAUGACCGGCUGGAGUGGCCAUGCUUACAAAGACAAAUUACUUUCCAAAUGCUGGAUCAGAACCCAAACAUUCAGCUGCAGAUGUUCAAGCAAAAAAGUUUCACUACUAACAAAAAUCAGAAAUUUUCUGAUGGCACCUCACACUGGGACAAACCUCGUAAGGCAGGAGAACAAUUUGUGGACGAUAAUCAUGAGUCCAUCUUUGCCGGACCACUUCUUGGUUUUGACAGAUUUGCAUCUUUGAAAGAAAUGCGCUACAGAGAGUUCCUGAAAGGAGGAAGUGCCAUUUUCACCCUGGAGUCUCAAGAUAUAACUCCUCUAUUUAAUGAAAGCAGCCUCCCAUGUUCUAAAGUGGGACCGGAUUCCUCCCACUGUCGUCACUUCACACCCUACAUCAAACAA